AUGCAGAAAGAUCAAGUACCAAUCAAGAUCCGGGAGUAUUGGUCUUACCGCGACGAGCUGUCAGUACACAAUGGUGUUCUUUUCAAAGGCUCGAGAGUAGUCAUCCCCCAGUUACUGAGACCUGAAGUGAAAUCCAAAAUUCAUUCCAGCCAUUUAGGAGUAGAGGCUUGCCUACGCAAAGCUAGAGACACUGUAUUCUGGCCUGGUAUGAAUGCAGAAGUGAAGGACCAAAUCAAACAAUGUUCAAUUUGCAACGAAUUUCAAGCUAAGAAUCAGAAGCUCCCAAUGCAAAGCCAUGACCUUCCUGACCGCCCAUGGAGUCGAGUCGCUGCUGACCAGUUCACACUUCAUGGCAAGGAAUAUAUCGUGCUUGUUGACUUCUAUUCGGAUUUCUUGGAAGUACAAAAAUUGGAGGAAAACACUUCCAGUUCCGUGAUUGAAUUCUUUAAGGAACAAUUCAGCCGACACGGCAUUCCAGAUACACUAGCUACAGACAACGCUCCUCAGUUUACAAGCCAUGAGUUCCAUCAGUUUUCAGUCGAUUGGGAGUUUACUUACGUAUCUUCUUCCGCAUCAUCACAGAUCCAACGGAAAGGCAGAGUCUGCUGUGAAAGUUGUCAAGUCUUUAUUCCGGAAAGCUCUUAA